CAGCAGCAACAACAACAACAACCACCACCACCAUGCUCCCGUCUCUCCUCCUCCUCUUCCUCUCCAUCCCACUAACAACAGUCACUGCCGCCUCCGCCGCCCCCCGGUGCACCACCUCCACCCCAAUCAAAACCUAUCAAAAAUGCAUGAACCUCCCCACACAAGGCGCCUCCCUCGCAUGGACUUACCACCCCCACAACGCCACUCUUGACCUCGCCUUCUCCGGCACCUUCAUCUCCCCCUCCGGCUGGGUCGCGUGGGGCCUCAACCCCGACUCCCCCGCCAUGACCGGCACCCGCGCCCUCGUUGCCUUCUCCGACCCCUCCUCCGGUGGCCUCCUCCUCCUCCCCUUCAUCCUCGACCCCGGCGUCAAGCUCCAGCGCUCCCCCCUCGUCUCCCGCCCCCUCGACCUCCCCCUCCUCUCCUCCUCCGCCAUGCUCCGCAGCGACAGCUCCGUCCGAGACGGCGCCGGCCUCCACAUCUUCGCCACGCUCCGGCUCUCCCCCAACCGCACCCGCAUCAACCACGUGUGGAACCACGGCCUCUACGUGCAGGGAUACUCCCCUACCAUCCACCCGACGUCACCGUCGGACCUCGCAUCGCGAGCCACCAUCGAUGUUCUCUCGAAGGCCACGGAGAUGGGCCCGGCAGUGCCGAGCUGGUUCCGGACAGCGCAUGGGGUGCUAAAUGCGGCGUCAUGGGGGUUUCUAUUGCCGGUCGGGGUGACGGUGGCGCGGUACCUGAGGCAGUGCACGUCGGUGCGGCCGACGUGGUUCUACGGACAUGCGGCGGUGCAGAUCGUCGGAUUCUUGUUGGGGACCGUCGGGUUCUCGAUGGGGAUUAUAAUGGGGAGGGCGUCGCCGGGGGUGACAUAUACGCUGCACCGCGGUCUCGGGGUGGCGGCGUUUGUCACCGGGGGGCUGCAGGCGGCGGCGCUGCUGUUCCGGCCAAAGACUACGAAUAGGUACAGGAAGUACUGGAAGUCCUACCACCACUUUGUGGGGUAUGGGUGUGUGGUGUUGGGGGUGGUGAAUGUUUUCCAGGGGUUUGAGGUGAUGGGGCUCGGUGGGUCCUACUGGAAGCUGGGAUACUGCUUGGCCUUGUCGACGCUCAUAGGGGUGUGCGUGGCGUUGGAGGCGAACGCGUGGGUGGUGUUUUGUAGGAGGGCGGAGGAGGAGAAGGUGAGGAGGGAAGGGAGAGUGGAGGAGCAUCAGGUGGUGAAGGCGAGUAUAGGAAUUUAGGAGAGAGAUUUUACGCACUGAGAAACGUUGAAGCAUUUUUUAUUACCUACGGGCUUUCUUAUUUGUGUUUUGGAUUUGUACUGAUAUAAUUAGUUCCGCUCACAAGUUUGGUUAUGUGGGCUUAACAAACUAUUUCAUAUGUCAUAAUGAAUGUUUUCAAUUU